ACAGCAGUCUCGUAUCGUAUCGAGUCCCCACCAAGACGUUGGUGACAUCUUUUAAUAAUUUAUUGCAAAAUAAAAGUAUGCUUUUAUACCUGUAAAUUUGCAUUAAUAUUUUUUAUCCCCCAGUGGGAGCGCUGGGGGUUCUAAUUCCCAGAGCGGAGCGAGUGGCUUCUAAUUUUGUUAACGCACAUCUCCGCCUGGUCCCUGGAAGGUACAACGAUGAUUUGAAGACCUAUUUCACAGUCGCUUCCUGUUGUUGUGAUCGUUACCAAUGAGUGGUGAUGUCCACUGCUCACUAUGUCCAAGUCUCACAGAAUCCCCAGAGCUCUUUCUAUAGGCAGUUUAUCGUCUCUCAGAACAACCUUCUUUACGCCUAUUGCUCUCUCUGGACUUGGGAUACUACUGAGCACUUUCUUGUCAUUACAGAUCGUUCACCGUCCAUCCUAAGGGGGGUGCGAGUUGCAAGAAUACAGGCUCACUACUCUAGGGUCAGAAAGACAUGAUGGGAAUCCAGGUGAUAGCAUGAGAAACUCGACAGCUUACACCAGAACAGCUGUGUCCAGGGAACCUGACAGAGGACAACCCAUAGUGUGUGACCAGGGGGAGGAAACCGACCGAGAGGAGAGAGAAGACAGUCAAGAAGAUACCGAAAUACAAGUGAGUCAAACUCAUAUGACACAAGAACUGCAAAGAGAUUCCCACACCACGAUGUUCAAAGACUCACCAGGCGAUGCCUCUCUCUUGCCCAAAACACUGAAAAGGUACGACACAUUACAAGAAGUUGGCCAGUCAGUAGACGAGCGCAGCGGAGAGAACGACAGACAGACCAAAGAAGAGGAAGAGACAGGAAGCAGUACCAACGCAACCGAGAAGAGAGAGUCUUUGGAUUCAGGGGUAAGAGACAUACUGAACGCCGUGAGAUUCACCCACUUGCCGCCCCCUACCUUCAGUGGAGGGUCCUGCAGCGAUUACUGGGUAUUUACACAAGCCUUCGAGGAUUAUGUCAAAGCAGCAAGUCUCCCAUACAAAGUGACGUUGCAGUUACUACUCACAGCCUACUUUGGGCCUCUCAAGGCGGCGCUACCGCCGAGCGGGUGAAAGAAGUUGUUUGUUGUGCAAGCGAGUUUGUUAACGAGAAAGGAAAGGACCAAGACGAGGCCUAAGUCAGUGAAUUUCUCGAAGGGGAUAAGGUCGGCCUUAUCUUAGUUUCAUGUCAUAACAAGCGUCCUUCAUAUCCUUACGUCAACACUCCGGCCGUACAAGAAAUUCACUGACUAGACCUAGUCUUGGUCCGUGCCCUGGCCUCCAGGUCCUUCCCUUCCUCAUCAACUGCCUCGCUCGCUCAACAACCCCUUCUUGCACCCGCCCGGCGGUAACAAUACUAUAGAUAAUCGGAUAAAAUGGAACCGCACAAUAUGUUGGGGCCUUUUGCGGCGAGGCGAUCCAUAGAAUAUUAAAUUUUUGUUCGGUGAUGUUUACUCGUACUUAAUACACGACCCCCUGGUCGGGAAGAGCGAAAAUCCAGGAAAGGUGCAGACAGUAUGAUUAAAAGACCGUACCCCAGUGAUUGGAGGGUUCUUUUUAGACGCUUCGCAGACCUGAGAUCAUAAGGAGCCCACCUGCACACGCCAUGCCGUGUCGCGCCGAUGUGAUGGUUGCGGCGAGUGACAUGUUGCUAUACUCGUAAAUGACACUGUUUUCAAUAUGUGGACAUUUAUCUGCAUUCAGAUCACAUUGUCGUGUUCACAAGAGUUUUACCUUCUUAAUGUACUAAUAUAGCUCAGCAUUCAAUGAUUAAAUGUUGAAAAUAGCGAGCAUAAGUAAAACAUGCUAUAAAUAUAUAUAUUUUUUCAUCUUUGCAGUUCAACUCGUAAUACCACUUUUUUUUUUUUUUUUCAAGUUUUCACAAUACAUCUUGAUUCUACUGUCACUGCUGAGUCUGAUGGUGUCAAUCAAAACUGGCUAUCCCAUAUAUGAAGUGAGUUAAAGUGUAUUUCGCACAUUUUCUGCGCCCGAGGUCGAGCUGUAGUGAUGAAGCGAUAGUUGCGCGAGCUGCGAGGCAGAAACCUUCGCUCACAUGCGAAUAAGUCGAAAAUAUGUAAAAUACGGCAAAACGAAAAAAUGUCAUCAAAUAAGAAAGAUGCGCCGUCAAAAGUUACGCUCUAAGGAGGUGUUUCCGAGACUGAAAGUCGCAAUUUUUUUUAUGCAAUGUACACCAAAAGGUGUUCCUGGCCAAGGACCGAUUUCACAGUCGCUUGGUAACGUUCCCAAGCAAGAGCCUUAUUGUAGCUGCCCGGAGGCAGCUAAAGGAUUUUAGACCCACACGGUGACGCGAAUCAUUUAUUGCAUUCGGUCAAACCUGAAGGCAUACAUAAUAAACAUAAGACGUGCGUAGCACUACUAACCAUUACAUACUGUUUCAACAUAAUGCAUCACUAAUCAUGGAUUAUGCUAAUUAGGGCAAUCGACCCCUCGUAAUGCAGAUGUGGAACUCAUGUGUUUGGGGUCUUAAGGAGGCCUGUCACCAAGCAACACCUGCGUCUGCAUUGUAGUGGUCCGAUCUUUCCUGGGUUAGUCACACCCUAACUCGGUGGCGGUACAAAGGAAUAUGUCCCUCCGGGCUUCGUUCUUGCUUGCCCUCGGCUCUUCACGCCUGCCCAUCUUACCGUUAGGUCAGCACUAGUUCCCGGGUGACUCAUUCCUCUACGGAGAUCCCUGUAUCUUAUCUACUCUAUGCGCCAUGUCAUCAACUUUACCUCUUAAUAAACACGACCCUCACUAUCUCUCUGCAGGGACCAGGCGGAGAUGUGCGUUAACAGCAAUAGUUCCCGGGUGACUUAUUCCUCUACGGAGAUCCCUGUGUCUUAUCUACCCUUCGUGCCAUGUCAUCAACUUUACCACGUAAACACAACCCUCACUAUCUCUCUGCAGCUAAGCUCUCCACAGCUAGUUCCUCUCACACAUCUUCACUACUGCAAUUAACUACUAUGUAGCCGCCAGCUCAGUACCGGCUGGCUUGUAGUUCCUGUACUUUAUUUUGUAGCUGGUUUCUUG